AUGGUCGUCGACACCAUCGACACCGCGAGUACAGUGUGGAUGUUAGUUGCUAUGGCCUUGGUUAUGCUGAUGACACCGGGCUUGGCAUUUUUCUACGGUGGGCUGGUGAAGGAGACCAGCGUGUUGACGAUGAUGAUGCAGAAUUACGUUUCCAUGGGAGUUGCCAUGAUCGUCUGGUUCGCCUUCGGCUUCUCAAUGUGUUUUGCUGAGAGCUGGGGCUUCAUCGGCAAUCCCUGGACACACUUCGGAUUCCGCCAUCUGAGCGUGAGAGAGGCGCUUCCCGGGCAGGUUAUUCCGAGUGAACUCUUCGCGGCGUACCAAGGUAUGUUCGCGAUUAUCACUCCUGCUUUGAUGACGGGCUCAUUUGCGGAUCGAAUGCGCUUCAAGCCUUAUCUCAUUUUCCUGUGCUUGUGGCUAGUGUUAGUGUACUUCCCAUGGGUCCACUGGAUCUGGGGUGGUGGUUGGCUUGCGCAGUGGGGCGUUGUCGACUUUGCAGGAGGUAUCGUCGUCCACGUUACGGCCGGCUUCUCUGCACUCGCGAGUUUGAGAGUGAUCGGGCAUCGUGAGAUUGCGGAAGACGAGAAGCAUAUCCACAACACUCCACACAAUAUUCCCUUUGUGGCCUUGGGUACUGCCUUGCUCUGGUUUGGAUGGUUUGGAUUCAACGGAGGCUCCGCAGGCGCGGCCAACGGGGUCGCGAUAGGAGCUGCGGUGAACUCUCAGAUCUCGGCGUCUGUUGCACUUUUUCUUUGGCUGAUCAUCGAAUGGAUUCGAUUCGGCAGGCCGUCGCUUGUUGGAAUCUGUGUUGGCGCUAUUGCCGGCUUUGCAACGAUUACCCCAGCAGCUGGCUACGUCCAACCAUGGGGGGCGUUCGUGCUGGGCGUCAUUGCGACAUUCUUCUGCUACGCCUGUACUGAGCUGAUCAACCAGCUUGAGCUAGAUGAUGCCCUGGAUGUGUGGGGAGUGCACGGCAUGGGUGGUUUCAUUGGAGCCAUCCUGCUCGGUGCCCUGGCAGAUGGCAGCGAGUGCGCCGACAAGGCCACGGCGCCGGCCUUUUGCAUCAAUCCCGGGACCGUCACCGCGUCGAUAUCGCAGACAGGUAAGCAGACAGCGGCUGUGCUGCUUUGUGCUGCGUACUCUGUGGUCGUCACAGUGAUCAUUCUCAAGGGCAUCAGCCUGUGCAUGCCUCUGAAUCCGGAGAGCUUGCACGUGGAUUUGCAUGAGCACCAUGAGCAGAAGGCAUAUCACAGCCCGACUCGUUCUUACCUUGACGAGUCCCUCAAAGCCAAGCUGCAAGAAGGCGCGAGUCAAACUGAAAGCGGGGAUGGCGAAUCCUCCGCUUCUGAAUCUGCAUGA